AUGAAACGCUUUUUUGCUUCCAACAGCGAGAAUGCUGCAGCAGCACUCACUAACGAUCAUGACGACGAUGAUGAAGAAUCUACCCUCUCCGCAAGUCAAGACGCUUAUUCUGAUGAUGGUGGAGCCACCGCCAACACAGUCAUUAAACAUCCUCUCUCCUCUUCAACCAUGACGAGUCAUGCCACCAAUGCACCACAACAUUUAACACAUUCAGAGUCCGUUUCUUCUUUACCUCCUCAUCAUCACAAUUCCAAUAACAAUUCUCAACAUCACCAACGACAAUUGUCCUCUUCAUCAGACGUUCAGGGAGUAGAUCCCAAUGAUUUACGGCCUUCAAGAAGUGAAAAUAACAUUUCAACAAACAAUAUCAACCAAGAUUCAAGCAAUAAUACCUCUACGGGCAUACUCAGCUCUUCCAUCAUUAACAAUUAUUACGGAUCACAUUUAAAUUUGACUUCCAAUAGCAAUCUCGUUUCUAUCAAUCCACAAGACAUGAAAAUGUCCAGAGUACAACUCAAUCCAACACUUCUACCCGGUGAAGAAAUUAUAGACAAGGACACACUUGUCUAUGAAUGGAACGGUCAUACAGCUCCAUCCCGAGUCGCUUGGCAUCAAGGCGUUUUAUUCCUCACCAAUUAUAGAAUCAUUUUCAAGCCUUCCACCACUUCAACUUAUGAUGAUAUUCCACAUCAAUUUCAAGGAAGCGAUGUCCCAUUGUGUACCAUUCAUAAAUUAGAAAAGGUUGGAGGAAAGACCAAUUCAACAAAAGAUUUCAGCUACCUGAUUGAAAUUUGGACCAAAUCAUUCCAACACAUUCGUUUUGCAUUUGUACCAUCAAGAGGAACAAGAGGACGUGUCUUCAAGUAUAUUCGAGCUGAUUUAUCACCUUUUGAAUUCUUUGCUUUCAAGUACAAGCUAAAUGUGAAUCCAACACCGACGACGAGUAGUAACAGUGGAGGGAUCACCACCACGAAUAGUAGUUCGACCAAUCCUUCACAAAUCUCACCAAAUGAAACAAUGUCAUCUCCGCUCUCUAUCAACAACAAUACCUUUGUGAAUGGAUGGCAAGUUUAUGAUCUCGUGAAAGAGUUUACUCGUCAAGGUGUUUUUGUCAGUACCAUUGCAACUAAUGCCAGCUUAGCUCACAGACAAAUUAAAACUCCUCCAUCCAAUGCCAAGCAACCACAUUGGAGAAUUUGCACAUUGAAUCAAGGUUACAAGAUUUGUGAUACAUAUCCUUCUCAAUUCUUGGUUCCUUGCAAUCUUUCUGAUGAAGAAGUCAAAGCUGCUGCAGAGUUUAGGUCAAGAGGAAGAAUUCCAGUAUUGAGCUGGUAUGACCCAGAGAGCCAAUUGUCCUUAACAAGAAGUGCUCAACCCAUGAUUGGCUUGAAUAUUACAGGUAAAAUUACUAAAAAACAUAUUGGGGAUUACAGAACGAUAGAAUCUAUCAUGCAAGCAAGCGACAAGCCGCAACAACGUUUAAUGAUUGUAGAUUUACGUCCAAGAGCGAAUGCGGAGGCUAAUCGUGUCAUUAAGGGAGCUGGAUAUGAGAAAAAUUACAAAAAUUGCGAACUGCGUUUCAUGAACAUUGAAAAUAUUCAUGUGGUGAGAAAUUCAUUUGCUCGACUUGCUGACAUUUGUCACGACUUUGGAGGAGUCGAGUUAAACUGGUACAGCAAGGUGGAAAGUACCCUGUGGCUUGAACAUCUUCGUUCUAUUUUAAUGGCAGCUCACUUUUGUGUGGAUGUAUUCUUCAGAGAACGUACUUCCAUUCUCACUCACUGCAGCGAUGGGUGGGAUCGUACGAGUCAAGUAGUAUGUCUCUUCCAAAUUAUGGUAGAUCCUUACUGUAGAACCAUCGAAGGAUUUGCAGUAUUGAUUGAAAAAGAAUGGUGUUCAUUUGGUCACCAAUUUCAAAAGAGAGUUGGGCACGGUAGUCGACAAACUUUUUUCACAGAUGAGCGUGGCCCAAUUUUUGUUCAAUUUAUUGAUUGUGUUUAUCAAAUGAUGCGACAACAUCCAACCGCUUUCGAGUUUAACGAACUUUUCCUAAUUUUCUUGUUAGAUAAUUUGUACUCGUGCAGAUUUGGCACAUUUUUGUUCGAUAAUGAAAGGGAAAGAGUUAGAAAUAAGGUGUUCGAGAAAACUCACUCAAUUUGGACUUACUUGUUAAAUCGUAACAUUAUUGCAGAGUAUGAAGGUUGUGGAACAAAUUAUUUAAAUCCUUUCUACGAUCCUGAAAACACAACCUAUACGAUUUAUCCCGAUUUGAGACAUAGUUCCAUUCAGUUAUGGUCAACAUACUGGCUUCGCUAUGCAAAAGAUCCAGCAGGCUAUGAAUACUUUGGUUACACUCCCCUUCAUACCCUUCAAAUCAGAGCUAACGAAAUUAUUGCAGAUAUGAACAGAAUGCAAGAGAUUAAACUACUUUCAGAGAGCAAGAACGAGGCUACUGUUCAAACAUUCCAACGUGAAUUUAAAAACAUGUGGGAAGAGAUUCAAAAACUCAAAAAGAAGAAUGAAGAAUUGGAAGAAAAAUAUAAACAUGACACAGAAGCUCUCGUUGAUAUAUGCGAAAAACAAAAGGAAGAACUUUCUCUCUAUUCUAGAACGUCAAGCACUGAUCAAAUUCUAGAGUCCAUCAAGAAGAAGGAAAAUACUCCAGUCAAAGAAAAGGAAGAGCCAACCACUCUUUCCAACCUAGAAAAUAGGAAAAACAGUGAGCCUGGAGUUGAGCAAUUAAAGAAGGAGAUUGAGGAAUGGAAAGAAAAGGUUAGCCAGCUUCAACUUGAGCUUCUUAACACCACUAAACCAAGCACAACUGCUGUAAAUGGAAACAACUCUCAACAACAAUCAGAGAUUGAGAAGCUCAAGUCAUACAUCACUCAUUUGGAGGAGACUAUUUCCGUUUUGAAAAGCACUAAACCAAGCAGUACGAAUGUUGCAAACACAGCUGUACUCUCGUCUCCUACAUCAAGUCCCAACAAUACACAACAAUUUGGAACUGUAAACAAGUUAUGGAGAUCUACGCAGCAAUAA